AUUUGUUUUCAUACUAUAUGGAAGAUAGUUGUUGGGACAGUAUCUAUUUGCCAGGUGGAAGUGAUGGAUGUGCCUCGAGGGAGUGGACGCUAUCUUUUUGCUCAGGAGCAGAAAAAGGGCAUCGUUAGAUGUUCCCUGGGGCAUCGUACCCUAAACUGGCCAGGUUACAUUCUCCUGUGAGAUUAUAUCCCCAGUUUCCUUAUCUCUACUGGAUUAUCUUCCAACCUUAGAGAUUGCACUACCCUAAUAUUACGGUGUGCUGAAGAGAAUAGAUUAUACUGAGGAGAGUGAAACAGAGCCCACAAAAAGAGAUACUCCUGCACAAUGUUCUAGGGGAGUGGGGCAAGAAAGCGUGCUGUAUUGAUACUGUUGACGUGUCUGCAAGACCAAAAAAGACACAGCCAUGGGGCGGAAGAAGAUACAGAUUACCCGAAUUAUGGAUGAGAGGAACAGGCAGGUUACCUUCACAAAGAGGAAGUUUGGCCUGAUGAAGAAGGCCUACGAGCUGAGCGUGCUGUGUGACUGCGAGAUAGCCCUCAUCAUUUUCAACAGCUCUAACAAACUGUUCCAGUACGCCAGCACAGACAUGGACAAAGUGUUGCUGAAAUACACAGAGUACAAUGAGCCCCACGAGAGCAGAACCAACUCUGACAUUGUAGAGAAAUUGAGAAACAAAGGCCAUAAUGACUGUGCUAGUCCCGAUCCUGAUGACUGUUUCGGGCACAGCCCCCUCAUGGAUGACCAUUUCGGCAAACUAAGCGAAGACAGUGAUUUAAUGUACAAGCGCUGUGGUGCGCUAAACAAGAAAGAACACAGAGGUUGUGAUAGCCCGGACCCCGAUGCCUCAUAUGUCCUCACUCCUCACACAGAAGAAAAAUAUAAAAAAAUUAAUGAGGAGUUUGAUAAUAUGAUGAGAAAUCAUAAAAUCCCCACGGCGUUGCCUCAGCAGAACUUCUCCAUGCAUGUGGCGGUGCCCGUGUCCAAUCCUAACGCUAUGUACCAGGCGGGAGGGAAUCUGGGUAGCCAGGCCCUGGCAGCAGCCACGGCCUCACUGAAUGACAGCGGGAUGCUGUCCCCUCCGCAGGCCUCCCUGCACAGGAAUGUUGGCUCUGGUGGAGGAUCGCAGAGGCCCACCAGUGCAGGCAGUGCAGGUGGCAUGCUGGAUACCACAGACCUUUCAGUGCCAAGUGGUGCGGGCUCCAGCCCAGCGGGGAACGGCUUCGUUAACCCCAGGGGCUCGCCGAGCAUCCUCAGCACACCCAGUGGCAACGGCCUGGGUAAAGUCAUGCCUACUAAGUCUCCGCCGCCUCCUGGGGGGAACUUAGGAAUGGGGAACCGCAAGCCAGACCUGAGGGUUGUCAUCCCUCCAUCGAGCAAGGGGAUGAUGCCCCCGCUGAACACCCAUAGGAUAAGCAGUUCCCAGUCCACCCAGCCGCUUGCCACUCCUGUUGUGUCUGUUACCACCCCCAGCUUACCCCCACAGGGCUUGGUCUACUCAGGCAUGCCCACCGCCUACAAUCCUGCUGAGUACUCGCUGAGCAGUGCGGAGAUCUCCUCCCUGCAGGGCUUCGGUUCUCCUGGGCUCUCUCUGGGCUCCAUGUCUGCAUGGCAACAGCAUCAACUAGGCCAGGCAGCUCUUAAUUCUUUGGUUGGUGGAAGUCACCUACCUCAGGGCUCCAACUUAUCUAUCAACACCAGCCAGAGCAUAAACAUCAAGUCUGAGCCAAUAUCUCCGCCCCGCGGGCGGGUCACCCCAUCCGGGUUCCCCCCGCAGCAGCAGCCGCAGCAAGGAUCCAGCCGACAGGAGGUCCUGGGACGCUCGCCCGCCGACAGCCUCAGCUCGUCCUGCAGCUCCUACGAUGGCAGUGACCGCGAGGACCACCGGGCGGACUUCCAUUCUCCGCUUGGACUUGGAAGACCCCCUGCUGUCUCUGAGGACAGGGAGAGCCCCUCGGUCAAGCGCUUGCGCAUGGACACUUGGGUGACAUAAGGAGCUUUGAUCUGGUCUGCAGUCGCCAGCCAGACAGAUAGAGGAAGGGAGGGAUUAGACAUGGGGAUAAAAGACAGAGCAGGGGUCCUUAGAGCUGUCAAUAUUAAUAUGAUUCAACUCCACCUUAAUUUGUAAUUCUGAGAUAUAAUGUUAGAAGAUGUCAGGGCAUAUCUAAGUCAUUUCUCAAACUGAUACAGGAGGUUUAAAUAAUCUAAACAAUUUUUGUGUACAAGCAGGUGUAUCAGGUACUUUCUGCAGUUUAGAGGACGUCUGCAGCUGAGAGAAAUUUGUUAAAAUAAAAUAGGCGGUAGAUUAUUGUAGCCACUGGUCUAGUCAGACACUUACUUGUAGUUGCUGUUUUGCUGUUGUGCUCGCAAGUUCGCAAACAAUCCCAGAAAUUUGUGUCGCUUUCAGGCUAAGGACUCUCUAAUUACAUAUGAUGUUCACUGCAAGAACUGUGUUGAAAUCCAACGCUGCAACCACACAGGUUUUGAUUUAAACAGGGUCUUUCAAGUUUUAUUUAAACCCUUAGGAUCAAUAGAUGCAGAGCACAUUGAGUCAAAGUCAUCCAGGGCUCUUUAAUAAGCUGAGAGAACUUUAAAACAACAAUAUGGGAGGUAAAAAUAAAAUAGUUUCAGAAUUUAUUGCAAUAAUUAUAAUUAAUUUUAUAAUUUCAAAGAGUAUGGUGUAUAAAUAAACAGUUAAGAUAAUGCAAACCUGUCCAGUUGAGCUGGUUAGUAAGCCAACACGUUCACAUUUAAGCAACAGUCCAUCGGUUAAAUAAGCCAAAGCUGGAAUUUAUUAGUUGUUUUGUACAGUUGCUGUAAUCUCUUUACAGUUCGCUCAAACGCUGCCUCUUCUUCUUUAUAUAUUUUUUUUUUCACACUUUGUAUUUUUAAUUGUGCUUUGUUGCGUGGUAAACAUCCACAAGAAGCAGAUUCUUCAAUCAGAUAUUGAAAAGCCAUGGACAUUUGCUAGUCUAUUUGUACAAUGUCAAAAUUUUGAGCCAAGCGUUUUGUCUUUCUUUUGUCAUUGUUGUGUAAAUAGCAACUUUAAUAUAUAUAUUGCCAGGGUGGUGAGCACACCGUUUUCAAGAAAGUAUAUUUUUGUGGUUUACAGCUGAGUUUACAGUAAGUGGACCCUUAAAAAAGUCACUGGUCCAAAAUUUACGAUUUUGUUGAGUCAAUUCAGCAUAAAUUCAGACAUGUUUUUGGUUAAUUGUUGGUUUAUUCUUGUUUGCCCUCAAUACACUUUAAAAUGAACUCGAUAAGGUCAAACUUGUAUCCAUUUGAUUGUUUUUUUUUUGUUUUGUUUAAAGGAUGACCAUAAACCCAGGGGAAGUAGAAGUUUUUAUUACUGAUUAUGCUCCAACACAAGGUGCUAGAGUUAUUGCCACUGCCUAAAUCCAGGAUCAAACACACCAGAGAAUAAUUCAUUGUGUAGCCAUUCUGCUACUGAACUUUGUUAUUUAAGCUAAUGAAACUAAACCCCUAGAAGAAGCUGCUGGUGACUUUAACACAAAAAUAACCAUCUAUGGGCACCCACACGUGGUUGUAAAUAAUAAUAUAAUAAUUUGAUUGGCUCAGCGGAUUUUAUCAAACAUUGAUCUCCAUUUAGUGAAAGUGCUGUAACCCUGUAGUAUGAACAUUAGAAGCCAGAAAAGAUAGAGUCUGUUAUGGCAUAAAACCUGUGUUAUUACACUGUAACGAGGACUAGUAAAAACAGGGUUGUGGCUUUUUUGAUUCUCAAUUGUACAAGACACAAACCAUAAUUCAGAUAAUAGCACACUGACCAGUUCAACAUUUCCUGCUGAGAGGCACACAUUUGUAUGAGAAUGUUGCUGUACGAGACAGAUUUCACUGUGCAUUCUCCAUGGCACUUGUCUUGUGUGAGUUAAUGACCUAGGGCAUCCAUCAGCCCCGCCCUUCCCACAGUUUACACCAUUUUAGAUCUAUGCAGAGUCAACCCCUCUUCACAUGAAAUAUGAAAUAUAUGAUGUCAUUACUAAACAUACUAAGUCUGCAGGCUGUCAGGGGAAAGAGUGUCAGACUGUUAGCCUCCUAUUCUAAAGUGCCGCAGCUGGAAGUUACUGGACUACAAUUUUAGGAUCAUCAAUCUGUUUGGCCCAUCUUCUCAUUUUUAUUUAUUUAUUUUUUAAUGGUGAUUUGCAAAGGUAUUCAUAAAGCCUGAACUUUUUCACAUUUUGUCAGGGUGCCGCCACAAAGCAAACAAAAUGUAAUUUCCUGGGGUCGUAUAUGAAUAACCAACAAAAUGCAACGCCUCUGAAAUAGAAGAAAAAGGAUACACAAAUUGCACCUUUUUUUAACAAUCAAAUAAAAUAAUUUCUUCUCUGGUGCAAUAAUUUGUUGAACUGCCUUUUGCUGCAGUUAGAGCCUCAAAUCAUUUUAGGCGCAUCUCUUUGGCUUUUCAUAUUUAGUGACCAGCGUUUUGCCAAACAUCUCAAAUUCAGCCAGGUUGGAGAAAAUGUUUCAGGAAGUUUCCAUACCAGCCUGAGCUCUCAUUCCUUCGUAUUCCAUCGCAUCCUGACUUUAUGUUUUGAGUUAUCUUGUCAGAAGAUGAGGAACUAACUCAGUUUCCCUUUAUCUGCUAAAAAAACACAUCCCGUUUGGAUAACGAUGCAAAUGAUGUGUUUUAACCAAAUGAUGGUGUAUUAGGCGCAUGAGGACCAAAACUUCCGUUUUGAUCUUAUCUGCCCAGAGCACCAUCCUUCGACCUUUUUUCGUUGUUCCACUCAGAUCGCUACAGACUACAAAUGACAACUCUGAUUAAAUUUUUUCAUGGCUUUCUUACUGACUUUUUUACAAGUCCAUUUUUGAGAGUGCUCUGUGGCUCUCUGUGCCUCUUUCAGAGAGGCUGCUUCCCUGAUUAAUGCUCUAUGCUCUCCUAAAUUACUCCCAGAUGGACUCUAAAAGGAGACUUCUAGAUACAAAAACAAAUCGAGGCCAAACUUUUCAUACUUUAAUUU